ACCUGCCCUCCUCAUAAAACAGGAAGCUAACGUGACCUGAACCAGAAUUGUUAACAUGAAAACACGACAGACCAUAGAAAAGCUUUGCUAGCGACCAGACGCCAAGAGGAGAGAAAACGGCUGGUUGGAUUAAACUCUACCUGUAACGGCUUUGCUAGUUCCCAGCUGCUUUCACAGCAAAGCAGUGUUUUAGCUCGCUACGUUAGCUUGUUUGCUAACUUUAACACAGGUCCGGAUCGGGAUUUAUUCACAGCUGGUUAGGUUGCGCAAGACACCCUUUAACAUUUCACCAUGGGAUCCAGAGCGUCCACGUUACUCCGAGAAGAGGAAAUCGAAGAAAUUAAGAAGGAGACUGGCUUCUCCCACAGUCAGAUCACCCGCCUGUACAGCCGCUUCACCAGUCUGGAUAAAGGUGAAAACGGCACCCUCAGUCGAGAAGAUUUCCAGAGGAUCCCGGAGUUGGCCAUCAAUCCGCUGGGAGACAGAAUCAUCAAUGCGUUCUUUCCAGAGGGAGAGGACCAGGUAAACUUCAGGGGCUUCAUGCGGACCUUGGCUCACUUCAGACCAAUCGAGGACAAUGAGAAAAACAAGAACGCCGCGGCCAGCGAGCCACUCAACAGCAGGACAAACAAGCUGCUCUUUGCUUUCCGUCUGUAUGACCUAGACAGAGAUGACAAAAUCUCUCGGGAUGAGCUGCUGCAGGUCUUACGGAUGAUGGUCGGUGUAAACAUUUCAGAUGAACAGCUUGGCAGCAUUGCUGAUAGGACAAUACAGGAGGCUGACACAAAUGGAGAUAACUCCAUUUCCUUCAAUGAAUUCAUCAAGGUCUUAGAGAAGGUGGAUGUGGAACAGAAAAUGAGUAUCCGGUUCCUGCACUAAGCUGCUUUUUUAAAAUUUUGAGUAGAGCUUCAACAUGCCAGCUGAUGUCAGAACAACCUCAUCCAGCUUCUCAGCAGGCUGCUGUGGCCCACACUACGAGUACACGCUGUCAGACCAAGCAUUAGGUAGAUAAUGUCAUAGAUCUUGAGUUUCUGCCUUUGUACUGCUCUGUAAACUAAGGGAAAAGUUGCGUGCCUUGUGCUGUUUUAUGCAAUGUCACUAUGUAUUUUUUCCCAGCAAUGGAACAUUAUUUAUUAGAAAAUGUGUAGAGGGUCACAGUUAGUACCACUGCUGUUCCACUUUUCACAUAAAAAAUUAUUUUAUAACACGAUACGAUAAAGCUUUUUGCUAUUGCAGUGAGUAAGUUUAUUCUAAGUUUACUCAUGCUGUUCCAUGGAUAUUUAGCACAUGCUGUGUCUUUGCCCGUAUAAAUAUGCAGUGGUUCAAAGUGAAACUUGUAAGAUGUGUGAUUCCACUUCAAAACAGACAGUGUUUUUAAUGCUAACCGGAUCUUAUGGCUCAUUUUCUUUGACUUGUGGCAGAGCAAGUCAGAGCAGCCAGCCAGGCAAGUUUGUCUCUUGAAGCAAAGCAGGACCUGCUCCACAGAUUUUUGUGUUUUACUCACUGAAGUGCCAUGACUUUGGUUCCCCUUUGUAAGUUAUUAUCUAAACAGUAAACAGGAACCUAUGGCCAUGUUUGUGGGUGUUUAUUUUUUCAUAUGGGUUAACCUAGCUACUGCCAAUAGAUUGUAAUUACCUGUUUCAAAUGUUGGACUUCAGCCAAAGCGAGUUUGACCCUCUUUCAAAGCCAGUAACCACCCAGGGCCUGUAGGAGCCACUGCUAUUUAACAUGUGUAUAAUGUGAUAUUUAAAGAACUGCUUAUUCAUUUACAACUAAAAACUGUGGUGGUAAGAAUGAAAAUUUCACACAAAAUGCUGCUAUCCCUUAGGCUGGUGUGUGUGUCUUCCCUAGCACUUGUUCUGACAGGUAACCAUGGUACAUUUGCAAAAUGGUAUCACUAGGAUUUAACUGCUAUCUUGGCCUGCUUUCAAAAAAGUUUUUACCCCUGAUUGAGUCUUAAUAAAAGUGUCAGGCCCUGUGGUGGAAACUGGGCUGUGGACCAGUUAGUUUGUAGACUUAAAACAGGUAAACCCAUGAUAAUGCGCUGUGCUUCUAUUUAUAUGAUCAGUCUCCCUGUGGCUAAGAAAAAUGUGUUUGUUUAUUUGUGCACUGCUCAACAUUUGUGUUUUAAUUUCUUUACUCAUUGACUAGUUCCAGAUGCUAAAGAGAAUCAAAUGCGUUAAAAAUGUAUUUUCUGUACAGGCUAGUGUACAUGAAUUGGAGCUCAAAUGUCCGACCCUUUAAUCAUUAAUGUGAGUUUGUUGAAUCAGUACAAGAACACCCUCCAGCAGCUGAGUGCAGGAAAUACAACCAUUUUAUUAAUCAUUAUGUGGUUAUCGGAUAUGAUUCACAUGUCAUAUGAUGUUGGUCAAGGUAUUAUCAAAGUGAUUCAUGAAUUUGAUUUGAAUAAAAUAAGUGCCAUGCUUGCUUUGUGUCAUUCAUUGGUAAAGUAGCUGUGUUUUUUGAGGGCCUGUUUUUUUUAACCUUCUAUAUCUAGUUUUAUUUUAGUCCUUAGACUGUAUGAACACUUAUUAUGUUAGGCCUAUGUCAGAGGAGACUAAAAUGAGUUCAUUUUUAUUGUGCAUGAGAGAAAUUGCAUAAUAAAGACACAAAAAAGUAUAACAAAAGUAUAUGCCAAAACUAACAUAUAACACUAUAGUAUUUAGUUUUUUUUACAGUUAUUUCCAUUAUUGUCUGUUGGGGGAAAUGGGAGGCUCUGUUAUGCUUAUGGCUUCAGAGGCCUAGGCGCCAAUUUGUAGAUUGUGUACACAAGCGUUUCUGAGUUUUCGCUUAAGUCUCAAAUUGGUUACCACUACUUAAGUAUUCUUGUAGUCUUAUUCUAUUUUAGCUUGUUUUUAUUUUCUAUUCUCUUGGCUCUUUAAUGACUAUUUUUAAUCGUAUUAAUGUCCUUUUGUGGUGUGUUUCUUUUGCACUUGCGAUGCUUCGUGUGAAACACUUUGAAUUGCCUUGUUGCUGAAAUGUGCUAUAUAAAUAAACUUGCCUUGCUUUAUAAAUGAUAAAAGAUGAAAUGAUUUUUAAAAAUGUGAUUAAUUUUCUGUCAAUUGACUACUCUAUUAAUCAACUAAUUUAUUUUCUGUCGAUCGGCUACUCAAUUAAUCGACUAAUUGUUCAGUGCUAACUAAGUCAGAGCAGUUAGCUAGACCACCUAUGUUAGCAUAUCAUUGAUAGGCCUUUAGCUAACCUUUAUACAUAUGUAAUUUACUCUUAAAGGGGCUGUUCUUCAGAAUUAGUACUUUUAAUGCUUAAGUGUAUUUCAGUAUAGAUACCUAUACACUAACCUGCACUUAAAAUAACUUAAUUAAUGCACGGAGUUUAGUUCAUUCUGGUCAUUCUUGUGUUCAGUUAGCGGCAGUGAACGCACCACAACGCUGAUUGAUAACUGUCAGGAGAAAAGAAGAAGAAGAAGUACUUCCGGGGCGGGCUUUAACUUUGAUUGACAGGUCUCCGGCACAAUCGUCGCACUCUUCCGUUGGCUCGUAGUAACAGAGCGAAAAUGGCGUAGAGCGGAGGGUGUGCGGAGAAGGGGACGAGGGGACCUUCUCCUCUUCGGGGUGUAAGUAGGGAGAAAAGGGGGCCCGGCGGUUUUCGGUUUAGUCUUCUCGAAAUGUUUCCUCACCCGGCGCGGCCAACUCUCCCCAGAAAAAACCCGGCAUACGUCUAGUUUGGGAUACCUAAAUGUGUCACCGUAGAGGAAGAAACCCCCCUGGCUUUUGUUUACCAUUAUGAGCAGCUGCAGCUUGAAACACAGUGGAAAUACCUCUGCAUCAUUUCGGACCAACGCUCACACCAAGGAUGGGUCAAUUCAGUUGUGAAAGCCCAGAAUGGAGGAACAUCUCCCUACAAAUCAGCCCCGGCAUCAUCGACAGAUCACUUCCAUGGCCACCCAGACCUGUGGAGGUAAAGGAGAAGAGUUGUUGUGAAGAUGACUUCUUUUGGGCUUUUGGGACCCAGGUGCCCUCCUUCCUGCUGUUGCUGGGACAUUGGCCCUCUCUCCACAGCACACACCCCCCGUCCUGGCCUGUUUCUGCAGCAUGAUCAUCAGUCAGGACAUCUGUCAAGAUUGCAGUGACUACGUCUACAUGUAGCCAAACGUUUUUAUCGGGCUGCAUGUAAACGUAGCCUGAUGCUUCCUGAAUGAGUGAAAACUGUCCCCACACGCUCUGUAAUUAGAUCAAAGCAGUUUGAUAAUGAACAAACUGCUCCCAUUUCCUGGGAAGAAAGUAAAGACACAAGAUACUGUAGCAAAGAUCAAGGCCUGUGAUUAAAUUAGACGCAUAGGGUGUAUUUUUUUUGUUUUUUGCACUACCUCAUCGCCAUAACAAGUCCAACAUGAGUGAAAGGGAGCGUGAUCAGUACAAGUAACUUAUUGGUUGUCAAGCUCCACAGCAGUUUUAUACAUCAUUCCUGGAUGAAUUUGGUUUUAGUUUUAGAGGGUUAAUAAAUGAGGUUGUUAGACAGGGCAGCCCAGAAGCACAUGAUGCACACUGUCACUUACUUUCAGUUCAUCCAUUUUGAGUAAAAUUGCAUUUCGGGUUUUUUGUGCUCUCCUUUGUCAAGUCUGCAGGUUUAUUCACAAAUUGCAGGUAGAGACAGAAUUAUUAUACAUAUUCCUCUUGUGAUUUAAUCCUUGAGAUCCCUAAAAUUCCAAUAUUUAAAGUUAGUCUUUUAUUACGAAAGUCUAGUUCAAUUUUAGUCUUCAUUUUGUCUUUGAGACAACUGAGAUGCCAGUGCUGAAAUAGCAGCUUUAAUUCCUUUGAUUCAAGCUUACAGUGGAUUUGUCCUUAAUUGAAGGAAACCCUGGUCUCAUUUGUUCAACUUUAUUUUGGUUAAUUUUUCUAUGAUUUAUAUAUAAAAAAUAACAUUUAACGGGAUUUGUGCAAUAUUUGAUCUUAACUGUCAUGUUGUUGACCAAACUGUAUAUUGUAUAAACAAGUGACAAGUUGUUUGAAAGCAACAAAAUCACCAAUGUCUUCCAUUAAGAUAUGUAUAGACUCAUGUGCAUUAGCUUAUUUAGCGGGACUGUGGUGCCAACAUUAUAGUAGCCAUGCAUGACCAGUAGUGAUGCUUGCUUCAUGAAGAAUAGUGAAAUCGACUUCUAGACUAAGCUGGAGCUUAAAACUGCGGAAACCAUUUCAGAAAAAUUGUGGUUAAAAAGGGUGGUAGAUUGACGUACUACACCUUUUUAGAUACAGCUUUGCCCUAAAAUCUUAAACCAAUGCAAGAUCUCCUUUUUAUUCAACGUCUCGGGUGUAGAAUAAGUUGCAUGAUGAAAAUAUAAUUAAAGUAUGACACAAUCAGGGUAUGCAGUUAAUAAGUACUGAUUCAAGUAGUUAUAUAUAGGCGUAUAUGCUCAAUAUAACUAAGUGCUUUCUAACAGAACUGCUGUACGUUUUCUUAGGAUUCUUAUCUGACCAAAAAAAAAAGCUUAAGAGAUGUCCUAAAUUGUAUUCAUGCACUCUUGAGCAUCAAAAUAAUUAGGUAGUUAUUAUGCAACAGCCAAAAAGCUCCCAAAAAACAAGUCUCAGAUGUGACAAUGAUAGACCCUUUAGAGAAAUGUUAUAUUAAGAGUAGUACUUUAAUCUUAGUUUUGGAUAUAAUUGCUAGGGAUCUAACGUAGUGUUUUGGUCCUAGAAUUAAGAUCUCACCAUGACAUUGUAUUGUACAUAAUACCUCAUAGUUUUGGGAUUCAGAGCGAUAUAUUUUAAUCCAUAAAAUUGUAUUUGAUUAGAGUUUUAGAAGCAAUAACCUACAAUAAUGCAUGAGUUUAGUGCCAGGGUGUAAGUGUUAAAAGGAGUCUGUAACGUCAUGUGGAAAGGAUUCCCCCCCUCACUUUUAUGCCUACCGUAGCUAUCUAUUAGUCACUUUUUUUUGGGAGUCGUAUAAUAUUUGGCUUUAGAAUACAGUAUCACUUAUGAAGGUUUGGGAUAUUUCCUGCAGAACAAGGUAUACAUGAGGGCAGCUGUAGCAUCAUGGUAUUACACUGACACUGAAAUUGUAUUCUUUGAACACCAAAACAAUCUAAACCAAUCGGUACAUGAGAGAUGCUUUAAAAUUAAAUUCUUGUAGCAUUUUUACAUCUACAAACCCACCUCUUCCUUUAGAAAUACAGACUUUCAGUAACUCUGUGGCUGCAAUCGACUUACUGAACGAACUUGACAAUUGUUUGAAAAGCACUUUCUCUCUAUGUACUGACUUGCACCGUCAUCAUCACCAUCCUGUCUUGAAUACUGUGUUCUAAAAACCCUGUAAUGCUCUUUGUGGGGAUUUAUAAUCACAAUUUAUAAGCAAGUAGGCGUCUAGCAACUUGAAUAUAUGGGUUUAAAAAAGAUGCAUGACUUAGCAAAAUAAUGAAUGAUUUGUAUUGCAUGCAAUAAUCCAACUUUGUAAUGUGAAUGAGUGUAAUUAGGCUAUUGAAAUGUUCAUAUCAGAUGUUCUGUGACAAGGUGACAACUUGGGGAUGGUUGUUUGACACAACAGCAAGCAUGUUGAAGUAGCUUUGAUCAUCAGUUGUGGUUUUUACAGACUAAACUGCACCAAAAAAGAAGUAACGGAGAGUAGUUUUAAUUGUUUCUGCUCUCUGUUGUGCCAAACAUGACCAUGGCAGUACAGCCGCAGUGCAGCUGAAAAACACCAUUCAGCCUUUGUUCCCAUGAAAAAAAAAUAUAUAUAUAUAUAUAUAAUAAAAGCUUAGGUAAAAUGACAUUACUUUGUUGAUCAACUUUUCCACUGAGGAGGUGGACUGUGUAGAAACUAUGCACUCCAGAGGGAGGAUAUGGGCAUGCUUAUUACGUGUGAGCCUCUUGUCUGGUUUUGUAUUUACUAAAAAAAAAAAAGGAAUCUGUAUCAGAAAUUCAGCAAUAAAAUGCAGCAUGGUGCCAAUUGGA